AUGCUGUGGAUAUUUCGUUAUUUUCUUGUCUGUGUUUCGGUCACCAACAUUGUAAUCGCUGAGGAUCAAUGCAGGAUAGAAAUUAACAUUCGUGGCAUGGCUCUCAAAGGUUUCGCUUUUAAGAUAAUGGCGGUGGCGGCUCCUCACAUCUGUGAUAUCUUAUGUGAAAGGGAAAUUAUCUGCCAGAGCUACAAUUUCAACAGAAAAGAAAAGAUCUGUGAAUUAAACAACCGCACAAAGGAUGCAAGACCCGAAAAUUUCCGCUCAGACCCAGCGUGGUUUUAUAUUCGCCGUUUAAACGGAAGAGGUAAGUACUCAACCAAGCACUUUGAAUAAAAAUCGUGCUGCUUACAGUCCGUGUUUUCCAAUCUCCCGUGCCCGUUGGUAUCAAUUGCUCUAUCAAAUUAAAAUAGAAAAUUUUAUCCUUUUCUUUUUCCCUUUAAGUUUAAAUGUUUGUUAACUUCUUUUAAAAAAAGCAGCUGUAAUACAUGCAAAAACAUUGACACCAAAUGAUUGUGUUAUUUCUACAAGAAGCUUAGGGUCAGUAAAGAACUUUGAAGAAUUGGAAGCUCGAACGAGGGCUUUAUGCGAGAGGGGUCCUGUCUCCCUAGAGGGUUGUGCUUGUUAAAAUAUUUCACAACAAAAGAAGGACAUUCAAGUGAAUGAAACUCGAGCUUCAUUCCUAUUCCCUCGUGCUUUUCACUUUUUCCUUACCAUCUGCGCUUACGAAUACUUUAUUUUCAACAUUUUUACCCGUACCAGCUCCCUUGGGUUCGAUACCGGAGUUACCAGCUCGUUCAUGCCAAGAAAUAACAGCAAGCGAAGGGAAAGACACACCAAGCAAUAAUUACUGGCUGGAUCCAUCUGACAAUGGGAAGGCAGUUUUGGUUUAUUGUGAUAUGAAUUUGGAAGGUAAGUCACAUUUACCCCGUUGUAGCUUUCUUUCUUUGUUUGAAUUGUCGCUCAGUUGGUAGCGUCCUUGGUUACUUUAAGAUGUAAAAAAAAUCACACCAGUCCUGAAAACAAUGCAUUGCUCAGUUUCAGUUGUUUAGUAAAAAGGGAAAAAAAUAUCCUAAAGGGAAAAAAAUUACAAGCAAAUAGACAGGGUUUAACCACACUACACUUUUGUAAAGUUUUGAAAAACAUUCUUGCUUUAACCCUUUGCACCCUAACAUCAGUAUUCAUGUUCUCCAUACUUUUCUCUGUACAUUUACUAAGGUGCUGACAUGGAGAAUUUGUUUGAAAAUCAAGAGUUUCUUUAGUUGGGGAUCAUUUCCUUUAUUCUUGUGACCUUAAUGUUUGAUUCAGGGCAGAUAUGGUAUGGAGAAAUUAGAUGCCAGUCACUCUUAGGAGUUAAAGGGUUAAUAUUGCAGGCAUUGUCCAUUUUGUUGGAAGAAAAUAGAAACAUUCUUUUUGUGGUAUGUGGCAUUGUCAACUUAGUACAAUGUACUGUUUCCCUGCUAAAUUAAUGUUGGUUAAAUUUUACUUUUUUCUUUUUUCACUCCCCAACAAGAUCAUGAUGAAUGCAUCAGUGGAAACAUUGCCUGUGACGUGAAUGCAUACUGUACCAACACUGUGGGUUCCUAUUACUGUACCUGCAAGGAAGGAUACACUGGCGAUGGACGCUCGUGUUCAGGUACAUUAUUAUUUUAAUCAUUAAAUAUGUAAUUAAAUUUAAAGAUGUUUGGAAUGCUUGUACGCAAAAUCCUUGCAAGAAUAACGCAACAUGCCAAGCUAGGUUUACAGACACAGAUUAUCACUGUUUCCGUGUUAGUGGAUCUGGAUUUAAAGGCCAUGAUUGUGAUGAGGGUAGGGAAUCUUGUAUUUUUAGUGAGGCAGAAAAAUGAUGCAUAAGUGAUAAGCUCCGCAGGCCCCUCUCUCAAAUUGAAGUUCUUUAAGGUGAUUGGGCAGACUUAUUUGAAAUGGAUGAAUACCAAACAACCGCAAACACCUCAAUAGUUUGAUAGUCACAGAACAUCGAAGGUAAAAGCCUUUGCCUUUCAUGGCUUGCGAGAAGAAUAAUCCAGAAUGGCAUAAGUUAUUCAAAAUACAAAAGAGGACUUACAUAUGAACAACUCUUUUGCUUCUCAUGGUUCAUCUUGGAAUGGGAUUCAUCACUCAAGACAUGGAUGAGUGUUUGAACGGAACACACGGUUGUGAUGUGAAUGCUGAGUGUAACAAUACCCUGGGAUCUUACAAGUCCACGUGUAAAGAUGGAUUUCAAGGAAAUGGAACCAAAUGCACAGGUAACUAGUUCUGACAUAUUCAUACUCCGUUUGUUACCUUCAGUUUUUCAGAUUAGUUAGAAAAACGGUCUCAUUUACAUUAUUUUCCUUUUCGUGUUCUAGAUCUAGAUGAGUGUAUGAUCGGAACACAAAACUGUAAUGUAAAUACUAAGUGUAACAAUACCCUACGAUCUCACAAUUGCACGUUUAAAGAUGGAAUUCAAGGAAAUGGAACCAACUGCACAUGUAACCAACAUACCAUACUCUCUAUUUUCUCGAUGGUACCUGUCAUGUGACAAAAAGGAAUGACCAGAAAACAAAACUGUUUUUUGUUGAUUUAGAUACCAACGAAAGCACUGAAGGAAAACACGACUGUGAUGUAAAUGCUGAGUGUAACAAUACCUUGGGAUCUUACAAAUGCACUUGUAAGGAUGGAUAUGAGGGAAAUGGAACCAACUGCACAGGUCAGUAACAAGCCAAGGUACCAAACAAUGUUUUCACAAUUAAAAAAAAAGUUAACUGUUAACUGUGAACAGACGCCGGCACGCGACUAGCAAAAUUGCAGGGUGCUCUGCAAGUGAACAUUAUUCCAAAACUUUUGGCGUAUUGAUAGUGUUGUUUGUUUCCUCCUUUAUUUAGAGAAAUUAUGGUCUGUUAUCAUUUGCGAGGGAGAAAAAAGGACCAUAAGUUGUGAUAAUGACCAAAGAACUAUCGACGUUGUGGAUGCAAGUUAUGGUAGACUGGACUCAAACACUUGCCAUCAUUCCGCAGUUAGCGAUAUAAACUGCAAAGCUGCGAACUCUCUUUUCAUUGUGCGGUUGAAGUGCAACGAAGAAGCUAGUUGCGAGCUGCAUGCAGAUUCUUUAGUCUUUGGGGAUCCAUGCCCAGGCACAUAUAAAUACUUGGAAGUCAAGUACAAGUGUGUGAAUUUAGGUUAGUACCUAUAGCUAUUGUUGUAUGCUGUGAACUGGGGGGAGAAAUGGCCUUUUGCUACCAUUUAGGACGCAUUUAUUUUGGAAUUGCACUAGGCGCUAGAUCACCCGUCCAUUUUCAGUCCGGGGCGUAUUAAAAAAAGAUACGCAAAGAAGCAAUCGGUAAUAUAGUCAGUACUCAAAUAUCAAAUCUUUUUUCGAAUUAAUACCUUUACACUUUUAUCAAAGACAUGGUGGAUAAGUAUUCAUUUGUUUCCGGGGUUUCAGUUUCAUUUUGUCUUGAGUGGCGCCCGCAAAAGCAAAGGAAAACUCGACAAGGUGGUCCAGGAUAGAUUUCAUGCACUAGGGAAAAAGUUCUGAACUGCCGUCUGGUCGGUGAACUCUGGGUGGAUCAUGCGUACACCAAAGGAGUGCAAACUGACAAUUUUCAAGCCGUAUGCAGAAAAAUUCAAUAUUAGCAUGCCAGACCAUUUUCCUGCAUAAAUAGUGAGAUAAAAAAGGUUCAAUUCAAUAAUUCUGGAUUGCACCUUCGUGUACGUUGCUGAUGAGCACUGCUGCUGAACUAGAAGCAAAUGAAAAUUUAGAGGUACCCUCUGUCUUGACUCCUGGUUAAUCAUUCAGUAGCACAACGAGAUAGACUUAUUGUAUACAUUGAAGAGAGAAUGUCCACUAAGACCGAGCGAAAAUGGAAAUUCGUGGUACAUCUCGAAAAAUCAAAAUUCUUCAUAUUUUCUCUGAAGAUACCCUAUAGUGGCUUAAGAAACGUGAUAGGAUUUUUUUCUAGAAACAUCUUUUUAAACUUUCAUGAAAUAAAAAAGCCGUCACGAGCCAAAAUGUCCUGAAAGGCAUCCGAAAAAUAGGUGAUUGGUACCUUCACAUAGAAUUCGCCCUUUUGAAUUGGCAUCAUAGAAAGAACCGUUUCCUGCUUUCAACAUUGCUGUUGAAGUCUUUGCAAGUAACUUGACUUCAAUCUUACGCUAGUGAAUAAAAUUUAGAGGUCAGGAAAUAAAAAAACGAAAAAGCAAUUAAAAGUUUCUGCUUAUUUAUACAAGAUUGGUUUGGAAACCAUCGCAUGAAAAGAAAUUAGAUUUACGCGUUUAAACUCAGCUGCUAUCUACCAUGAAAACCAAUGUUUCCAAAAAGACCAUCAGCACUUAUAUUUACCUAAAAAAACCCAUGUACUAGAUAACAAAAGUGCCGACAAGCAGGUGCAUGUGAUGAAAGCGAGUAACAACAAAAAUCUAUUCAAAAGCUACUGUGGUUUUUAUGCAUUUUUUGAUUUUUUAAAAUGAAAGGACUUGAAAUGGUUAAAUGUGAAAGUUUACGAAUAAAUAUGUUUCGAAUAACACACACGGGAAAAGUCAGUAAAUUUUCCCGUAACAAUUGUUUACUGUGUGUCAUCUAAAUCACAAUCGAGCUGCUACAAGUUGACGCGAGUUUUCUGGACCAAUAACAGGGCGAAGAGAGGCAAAAAACCAAUAAAAUCCUGGACAACUUGUUGUAAUCAUUUGAAAAUUGCUCAGCAUAGUAUUAUUCAAUUGACUCAUCAGCUUUGGUCACAUGAAGUUUCUUACUUCUUUGCUCUCCUCUUUUCACUCUCACGUGUGAUCGCCGAACCACAAACUGGAAUAAUCUGACGAGAAAAACUACUCUAAUUGUGGGAAUGGGAAGGAAACCUUUUCUUCUCUUGAGAUUUUUAGAUUCCCCAACAACAAAACCUCGUGAUGGCUCAACCGCACAGUUUAUAAAAGUAUCACGUCGGUAUUCAAAAACACCAUUUUUAUUCAGGUCGGCAAUCAAUAUGUUAUUGUCGAAUGUAAUCCUCAGAUGUAAUGAAGUAAGUCAAUGCCCGACUAUCGAGGAUUUCUACUUUCUAAAAAUACAAACGUGAGCAAGCGUCGGAAAAUGCACAGUACGACUUGUUCGAACACUCCAAGUGACUGACGUUUCUAUUCCAUUAUUUCGGUGAUUCAAUAAUUUACGUAACUAUAAUAACAUUUGAUCAGCAGGGAUUUGCUAAAGCAAAGGCAUAGAAAAAACCAGGAAAGAUUUAUUACUCGACGUUUCGGGGUCAUCGUGACUCCAUUAUCAAGAGACUAGUUUAAAAACAUGCAAAUAAGGAAAGGUACAAGAAUAGCAUAAAUUAGAAUGAACGGCUUAAACAAACACCUUGGCGCGGAUGGAAUCCGUUUGCACGUUCAGUGUUUGCUUACGCAUGCGAAUAUACAACAUUUCAUUAACAAGGCAAUCAAAUUUGCCGUUACAUUUUCGCGAUGACGUUGAAUUGCUCGAUCAAGCGUUCAGGCAUUUCACUAUUGUGCUGGAGGUGGUAGUGUGUUUGUAGAUAGAAGAUGAUUUCCUUGUGUGCCCUUCUACGCGCUCGUGUAAGUGACCACGAGUAUAGCCCACAUACCCUGCAUCACACAGGUUACAUUUAAAUUCAUAAACGAUACAUUGUUGGUUAACAAUAGGGGGCUUAAUUUCGUGUUGCUUAAGCUGUUGAUCGAGCUUAGGGCUAACGAACACUGGUUGGACAGUCACGCUUAACUUCGAGCUUAGACUGUUCAGUUGUUGUUUAACAUGAUUAGCUGACGACUGGUCCUUGAAGGGUAACACUAAUCUCACAAUCUCCGAUGGUACGUCUGGUGAUGGACAGGGAUCUGCAGAUGAAAUCCUUCUCUCAACGAACCGCUUAAUUGUAGUUUCAACCAGUGGCUUUGGGUAUUUCAAGUUAUGAAAAACCCUCUAAGGCGGUCACAUUCCUCGGAGAAGAAAGACCAGUUAGAAGAUAAUCGAUAAGCGCGAUCCACCAUGGUGUUAACUAGGCUGCGCUUGUACUUAAUGUCAACAUGACUCUGGAAAUGCAGAAGGAGACCAGUGUUGGUUCUUUUGAUGUAGACCUUGCUCUCAAUCUUUGGUGCACGGUUAAGCAGUUCAGUUCCUAGAAAGGGAAGGGAUCCUUCCCGUUCGACUUCCAUGGUAAACUGGAGGGAGGGAUGGGUAGAGUUAAGGGUGUCUAGAAACUGGCCAGCGGUCACCCUAUCAGGCAUUACGGUCAGGGUGUCACGACGACGAAACUGCCGGAGGUGGAGGAGGUACAUUUGUAGUGAGAGAAAACAAUAAGUUUUUGAUUAUAGCUGGAGGUGGAGGAGGAAUGAAAAAUGUAUUGGAACAACAUCCUGGAUGUGAUGCGUCCAUAAACACAAAAGGGAAUGGAGGGUAUAACUUGCCAUUGGGUUCAGGAGGAAGCAACGGAAAUGGAGGAAAGGCCAGUACAAAAUAUUCAGGUACGCGGAGAAAGAAGAAAAAACAAAACAAUCAGUAGGUUCAAUCCAUUAGGACAAGAGGAAGACAGUAAGAUUUAUCAGAACUUAAUUGUUGAAAUUAAUAAUUCUAACUUUGAAGUUUUUCUUUUCUCAGAGGCAUAUCAGUUUUUUAAAAAAACCUAUGCAUCACUUCAUGUACAUUUCUUUCGUCCUGAUAAGCUGUUCUAUUUCUAGCAAUUGACUACCCAAUAAUAUUUUGAAAUAAAUUUCUAAAAAUUGAGAAGUGCACUAAGUUGAUAAUAUUGCGAAUCGUCGUUUAAACGCUCUUAAGUAAGUAGUCAAAUAGAAGCCAUUUAUGGGACAACUGCUUCUCAGUUUUCGUUUAUUGUAGGUGGUGGCGGCGGCGGCUUCUGCAGUAAUGGACAAAGCGUUUCGAGCGUUACUGGUCGAGGAGGUAAAGGAUAUCUUCGGGGAGGAGAGGGUGGAAAGGGUAGGGGUGGGUUUGGAGGUGGCGGUGGUUUAUGUGGAAGUGGCAGUGGUUUACGAGGAGGUAACGGCGGAGCUGGAGGCGGUGGAGGUUACUCUGGAGGAAAUGGUGGAGCUAAUGAAGAGUUUUCUUGUGGAGGAGGGGGAGGAUCUUUUAACAGUGGGACAAAUCAGCAGAAUGAAUGUUGUUUUAAUAGGUAUGGACAUGGUAGAGUGAUCAUCACGUUUCUUCAGUGACAUGCCCAUGGCAGCACUUUCUCUAACGUGUGAGGCUAAUUCUGUUUUGAAGGCCGAUUGUUGUUAGUCUUUAAACUCCGGAAUUGAAUAAUAUUUUAAUUAAUAUUCAAGGUCAGUUACUGAGCGCUUUAAAGUGUUUGCCAAACGGUGCAACCUGCAUGAGGGGACGCAAGCAGCCUCAACUGUAAGUACUUUUUAGAAAUGCUAGGAUAUUAUCCUAGCAUUCGUAACAUUCCGAGGUGCACGAGAGUGUCAAAAUCCGUGUGUACGUCAGAAAUGUCACUAGACCUAAAGUACGCCAGAUGAGGGCGAAUAAAUAUGAAAAGAUAAAUGAAUUAAUGCCUGAUCUCAAAAUGCCAUCAGCUAAUGCUUUUGUUUCACAAGCAAUCAAUAGUGCCUUUAUUACUCGGCCGGUUCCUUUGCGUUACAUUGUAGAUUAUAAAGAGAAAUAUAUCCACACGAUUUAUUCGCCUUCAUCUGGCGUACUUUAGGUCUAGUGACAUUUCUGUGACAUACGCACGGAUUUUGACACUCUCGCGCAGCUCGGAAUGUUAGGAAUGCUAAGAUAAUAUCUUAGCAUUUCUAAAAAGUACUUACAGUUGAGGCCGCUUGCGUCCCCUCAUGGGAAUUAAAGUCAUUUGUUUUUUAGUUCAGAUUUUAGAUUUACAAACAUAGUUUUCUACAAUAUUUUUUUUGAGAACAUCUCUUGACAUAAGGGUUACGUCUGCCAUAAAAACUGCUGUUUUGUUCUUUUUCCGGCUCUUUUCUGAGCAAUUUAUCAGAUGGGCAUGUGCAGCAAUUCAGAACUAAUUAACAAAUAACAUGCAGAUAAUGAGGACUAGUAAGUAUUUUGUAGAAAAAAUGUUGUGAACAUAGUAUUUCGUAUUUUUCUGCACUUCAAUCAUUACACAUAUUUAAGAAGGAUUUUCAACUGACUACGAGGGUUUGUCGAUUCAUUUUUGUUGAUUAAGUCAAAACCAAACUCGAUUUUCAAGUUUAAUAAGAUCAGUUAGACCCAGUAUCUUUGUUUUUCCGGCCGCUCUUUGGACCGACUGAUUGCAUUUUUUCGCACGACACAGAUUGCAGUUUUACGGCCAUUGGCGCUAGUUACAAAUUAUCCAAAAAACUUUUAUUUGAGUUGGGAUUUGUAUGGCCUCAUUUGUUGAUUAUCAACAGAAUCCGCUAUUUAUAAAUAUUUUAUCUUUGCUUUGGUUUUACAAUGAUACUUUUGAUUUAAUGUUCCAAAGCUUUCAAUAACACCUUAGGUUGGAAAGAUCCGGACAGUAGAAAAAGAGAAGGCCGAAAUAUAGAGGCGAGGGCACAACUCUUACGCUUUGUGGUUUCACUGAUGAAUCUCAUCAAUGAUUCGGUCUCGUUUCUCGAAAUACGUGAAAGCAAAAGUAAGGAUGGGAAUCAAAUAUUAUGUCCUUCUUCGGUUUUCUGUUUCAAAACCACGUCCAUUCAUUGGAUUGGGAAUACUGAUACGCCUAUAGAGCGAACUGGUGCCGUAAUAAUUGGUGUUAUAAUAGAGUGUGUGACCAAAAAGGCUCUCAGUCUGACCACAGAUCAGGGCUCACACUGAAACAGAAUUCUUUAACAGCUCUCGGUGGAACUGUCAGUUACAUCGACUAUGUGACGAUCACGAACCUAGUCGUAUCUUGGUUGAUAUCAUCAAUUUGUAAUUAGUCAUUGAAUAACGUGCAAUGAAAUAGGACUAGUUAGUAUUUUAAAAAGAAACUAUUGUGAGUUCAGUUCUUCAGAUUUCACGUGUUACAUUAUAGGAACGCUUAUCAAUUGACUGUAAGGGUUUAUCAUGUAAUCAAUUUGUUUUUUUUUUGUCAGCUCAAAACAAAAAGCAACUUUCAAUUUUCAUACUCACAGUUAGAUCCUUGUUUCUCCUCCCUUUGGGUCGUAUUUUGCUGCGCACGACACAGACUGCAUUUUUUACCGCGACCAGCGCCGGUUGCAAACUAUUCACGAAAAGUGUGUUUUACUAAUUUGUGAUACGUUUGGUGUCUUUUGGUUUUUAUCAUUGGAAUACGUCAUUUUUUUAUUGUUUUAUUAUUGGUUUUAGGAUUUCCAGUCAAUUGAAAAGGGUUCAGUUUCACUUCUAGCGGAAUCCUGUAAAGUAACUGAAAAAAAUUGCCCAGGGUUGAUGCCAAAUUGUCGAUGUGGCCACUUUAAGUAAUGUGUUUCCAGAUGUUGAUUAACUGAGAGGAGACUAACGAAUGCUAAAACGAGAUUCAGUCAUUUAGGUUCUGUUUCUCUUUUCAGAGAGCAGGGCAUAAAAGCGGUUUUAUAUGCCAACGUGUUUUAUAUGACACGUUUAAGUUUCCGCAAAACUUAUUUUCUUGUUAGAUCAGAAUGCUUUUGUCAACAUUUAGAAUAAAUUUUUAGGAGGCUCUCACGCUCUUCCAUGUAAAAAGGAGGAGAAAGGUGUAGUUGUAAUAACAACUAUCAUUUUGCGUGAGUUUUCAGUCAGUAGUGUCAGUUUAAAUUACUUUAUGUUAAAAAUCAAUAAAUUGGUUCCUAGAUGUCAGUAAUGGCUCUUUACUUAGUUGCACUUAAGUUAUAAAAUAACACAUUGAGAAAUUAAUAAUACUUUAUUGGGGGAAAGAACGUGGAAAUAUGUUUCACCGAAAUACGAGAAUCCUCAAGUUUAGUGCAACAAUUUUCUGACCUUCGUUUUUGGUUUUUGGUUUAUUUGCUUCCUUAUCCUUUCAGUCUCUUUUCUUGCCUUACUUUCUCAACCCUCUUAACGUUGCCUCCCUUGGCUAGAGACGGAAGAUUCACUUACGACUCACGUGGCCGUUGAAUGGCCUUGAACACAGGCCUAGUGGAUAGUGAAUUGUAGAUAUAAGAGGCAUUUUGCGUCCCUAUUAACUCUGCAAACAUUCCCAAAAGUUAAAGGAAAUCUGGGAUGUGUCCAGGAAAUUUACCGAAAUUUGCAGAAGCGGGUGCGGGGGUUGGGGGUCUUGCAGUGUCUGAUGACCAAUAUGAGCUGAAGAAAUUUCAGGGACAUGACUGUUGCCACAUUUUCUCAGAUUCUCCUUGCAUUAAAAGAAUCGUUCAGAACCUACUGAAAGUAACCAGCUCAAGUUGCACCAUGUUGGCAGGUAUAUAAUUUUCGGGUAAUUUAAAUAAGAAACUAAAAUCUUACAAGUUGGCGUCUUUAGGAAAAAAAUCAAAAUAAACUGUUUUGUCGACUCAUAUUAUUCCUUAAAAUCUUUGUCCCGAGUAUGAGAUGGAAUUUUUGAUCUUCAAAAAAAAAAUUGUUGAGCAAAGAUUCGGGAAAAGACGUCAAGCACCCAUUAUCUCUCAAGUCUUAGCUUCUUGUCACCUCUGAUCAUACAUGUCUAUAGUUAAGUGACUAUUAUUGAAGAGAAGAUUUGAAUAAGUGUGAGGAUAAAAUCUUGACCCUUUUUCCAUUAAAUUGUACUAAAGCCCUUUUAUAUCCCGAAAAAAAGGGUAAUUUGGGGCUUGAGCACUUUCAAGCCGAAUUCAAAAUACACUGUAGUAUUCGUGGAUUUUGUCGUGUGUGGUUAUAUAAAAAUUUGUCAUGUUGAUGGGGCUAAUUAUUCGAUAGCACAGUUUGAAAACAACUGAAACGAGUCCGUUCCUGUUAUUACAAUCUCUUGCAGAAAGGAAGUGAUAAUUGUUUCGCAAUAAAAAAUCCAACUUUGCUCGAAAGUUCUUUGAAAAGACGUGAAGUGAAGCACAGACGGGGCUUUUCUUCUCCUUGGCCCUUGCUCGAGAAACCCGCACCCCCCGUCAACCUUCCCUGUACAAUAAUCUCAUAGCGUCUGAAUUAAAGGCGGCGGGGGAGGAGGGGGAGUUGGCACAAUACUCUUCUCCUCACAUCGGUAUAAUGAGUUAUUUCGUCUAAAUACUUACUCUUCUUGCAAUAGUAUGGGAUAACAAAUACAUUUUACAAGAGGCUCGUGAGUAUUUUGUCAUUUUACAACCCAAGUUUUUGAAGUAAGAUGAACACAAAAGGAUAAAAUUUUUAGGGAAAUAGCUUUUGGAGAAGCCUAAAGGGAAAGUUUACCUCAGAGUAAUUACUCACGUCUCUGCAAUGCUGUUCAUGAACGUUUUUGACUUUUCGAUCCCAUAGGAUGCAUAAGAUGGCCAGUGGCGGACCUUUGUAUUUUAAAAAGAAGUUGAGAGGCUUAUUUAAACUUGACUGAAAUAGCUCGGCUGGAUCGACAUAAAACCUGACACCGCUUUCCUACAGUUUCGAAAUGAAAAUUAAUUAUCAUGGGCCAAAUGAAUAUUUAAAGAAAAAAAGCAGUUCUUUAAACCUUUCGCUGAAACAUGUUAUAGGUAAUAGAGCCUAACUCUUUGUCACAAUUUGGCCUUUAAGUUGAUCUUAGUAAUGUUUAUUCAAAUUUCAUAAGAUCUAAAUCUGAAGAUUCGUGCAUUUCCGGUCUUAAUCUUUAAAAAGUAUUCACAAUCGUUAAUAUGCUUUCAAACUGAUGCACCCUAAAAGGCGUGAAUGUUAGAAGCUUUUUACUCCCUGAUGCUUCCUACGCGCGCUGAAUAUCGAUAAGAUGUAUAGAUGUAUAUCUUGGUUUGGAUGAUUACCAAUUUCGUAAAACUCGUAGCGAUUAUAUUUUUUUCGUAAAGAUUCGUCUAAUAAGGCAUAGCUUAGGCUUUUUCUGUCUUUUUUCAGAGUAAAUACACUGAACAAAAAUAACAUUAACAAACAAAGAAAACGGAAGAGAACAAAAAAGUAACUAUUCCAAAUAUAUUUGGCCCCUUGUUUUAGGCGGAAUAAUAAUCUAACCUGCAUGAAGCGAUAUCGUCAUAGCGAGUAAAAUUAAGAAAAUAUUCACAUUUUUAGACAACAUCUGUCGGUGAGUCUUAUGUGUUCAGUAGACUUAAUUUGGCACCACCGAAGAGAUCACACUCCAUGCAAGUUAUUAAAAAACUGUCAUGAAUAAUUUGCCACAUAGGUGGUUUGUUUCUCGGCUACUAAGUAUGGGUUCUUUACCAAUGUGAUCUACAACUGGGCAUGACAUUAGGAAUGAAAUCUCUUUAUUUAAAGCACCUGGUAAGGGUAAUUAUCUUCUACGUUAUUUGGUUCUGAAGUGUUUUAAGGUUAGGUAGAUUAGUUUUUGAAUAGACACUGAAUCGCAGGGAGCUUUGUUCGCUCCACAAUAAGGUUUUCAUAACUAAGGGGUGGUCGUGUGGUCAGUUAUUGUUAUUAAAAAUGCCUGAUUAUGGGACAAAUAUUAAUUUUAAGGGAAGCGCGAUCAUUUUUUCCCAGGAAAGGAAAUGAAAUUGAUCUAAGACGCUGAAGACCGAAAACUAUUCACCCGUGUUGUUAGUCCUGAAAAGUUUGGACUAAGAAAGUACUCACUGAGAAAAACUCAAGAAAAGCCUUGAAAGAAUCAGGAAAAUAUCGAGUCCAUAAUAAAUAAGAACGUUGACUUUUAAUUGAGGUUUAAAAGGGAAAAGAAUAUGAAGAAAGUAGUUUAAUUCGUUGACCUGUAAACAGAUUGCAAUUAAGUAAUAGAGGGCUUUUUCAGUGUUUGCAUGACUUCGUCUACUCGUGAAGGAAGUUGGAAGUAUCCGUGGAGCCGAUUUUGCAAACAUUCGGAUGUGUCUCGGGGUUCCUUAACUUUCAAAAAUUAUUCCCUGGUUCUUAGAUGAUGGUAGAAAAAUACUUGAAAAAGUAUGUCUCACUAAUACGGAUGAACAUAAAACGUCACUUCCUAUCAUCUUAGCGUACCUUUCUAUCAACGACAGCGUACGCAAUAUCUCAGCUACACUCUGACAGAUAAUUUCCUUGUAAACCAAAGUUUAAUAAGGAAUCGAAAGGAAUCAGAGACGAUGAUAUAUUUGACUACCGUAUAAGCUGUUGCAUGCGACAGAUUUUUGCCGAGCAAAAAUUCAUGCUGACAUCCUUACCGACGACACCAAAAUCAUCUGCGAGAAGAAUUCAAUUUAAUACCAAGAAAUCUAACUUAAUACUUAAUUCUCUUGAAGAAAUGCCAUGGAUUUCAUGUCGUUAUGAAACUCUUGAAAACAGGAAGACUAAAAGCUGAAUCUUCAUAGCUUCAGCUACCUCUAAUUUGUUCAAUAGUGUUUCUUCAAUGAAAUGUAUAUGGCAGCACUUUUCUAACAGGAUAGACUGAAGAAAUUCUGUUUUGAAGGCUGAUUGUUGCUUGUUUUUAAACUCCCUAGCUUAUCGGUUAUUUUCUCAUUCUUCAGGUUUUGUUAUUAAGGGUUCAAGGUGUAGGUUAACCAGCGCAACCUUUAGAUAUUAAAGUCGUUCCUUUUUAGUUCAGAGUUUAAAUUUACAAACCGCAUUUUUUAGACUAUGUUUAUUUGUGCCUACUGCCUAAUCUUUUUCGCACUUGUUCUUCAAAAAACUUUUUGUGUUUCACUUUCUUAAUAGUUUCAAUAAGACCUAAUGUCCCUUAAUGAUAUAAUGUGUCUGAAUCAUUUAUUAAUGCAUGAUUUCUUUAAAAAAAUAAAUUACUGGCUCUCUCUCACAUACAUAGUCGAAGAAGUUUAAUUUCGGGCAUGAUUUUUAAUCAUAGCUAAAAAACAAUCCACAGUACUGUAAAUACUUUCCUGUUAACUUGUUUUGAGGGAAGCUGACAUCAUUCAUCACAUUUAACAAAACGUUUUGUUAUGUAGUUUAAGGGUCUUUGUUAAAUCUUUCCGUUUAGGUUUUUUUUCAGCGCCCAGUUUAUCUUGUCUCUGUGUUUGAUUUGCAAACGCCGUGACAUGUCGUCGCGCCUCAAAAGUUUCAAGGAGCUUAGAAUUUGACUUUUUUCCAUUCACUUAUCGAUAUAUACUUUUGUACAUAAAGCAUGCUAUUCAUUGUUCUUUGUGGAGAUUAUUUGGUCAUCACUGGUGAAUUUAGAAAACGUUCAAAGUAAUUUAAAGAAAGAAAGGAAAGUAGGCCCAGUUACUCCUGUAGGGGUAUCGCAAAGACACCUGGGAAUUGUCUUGUGGUAAUUUUGCUGUUUCUGAUCGAACAUUCAUGAAAAGACGUUCAUUAACCAUUAAGAGUUCCUGCUUUCCAGAACUUAAAAUCGUCUCGAGUCGUAAAAUCAUAGUAUUGAGCUUCCUGCUACUUUUGAUUAUGUACGUUUAUAGUCCUGUAAUUAUUAUUGAAUUAAAUACAUAGUUAAAUAAUAGAAUAGAAUAUUUAACCUGUUUCUGUAACAAAGCCUCCAGUAGGUCCCUUGAAAAAAAUUGAAUAUUUUGGGCAUGGGUAAUUAUAACCUGAAGUCAAAACACACUGUUAUAUCCGCUGGGAUGGUUGUGUGUGGUUAUAUAAAACCUCAUCUUUAUAGAUAUAGUUAAUUAUUCGCUUGCACAGAGACAAGUCAGUUGCUAUGGUGACAAUCUCCCGCCGAAAGUAAUAAGUGUAGAGUAUUUGAACGCAUAUUUAACUACGGCUGUCUCAAUUUGUCUGAUGUUCCUCGACAUAAAGUUGAAAAACUCACUUAAGCUGUUCGUUGGAAUUAUAGCGGGCGUUUUGUGGGAACAUGCUGUUUGUAUUCUACUGCUUUGCUCUCGCCGUUUUGGCUUCUCUAAUACCAGAAGGACAAGGUGAGAUUUUCCUACGGUUAUGUCCUAGUUCAUGUUUGAGUACUAUUUAAAAGUUUACCGAAUCUUUAUGUUACAUUUUUUAUCAUCGUUAUAAACAUAACUAAGCCUUGAGAUAUCCACACAAACUUCUUCCUGAAAUAUUUCAGAAAAUAAACUAAUUUUGACCAAGUUUCGCUCUAGAUAGGCAUAAGACAACGCUCAUAUUUUAUAAGAAGUUCAGAAUUAAAAUUCUAGGGAACAUGAGUUUUAGGAAAUUUUUACUUCAAAAUAAUUAAUCAGGUCUCUGCAAUGUUUUCCAUAAACGUUCUCGACUUUUUGAUGCGGCACAAAGGAUAAGAUGACUACAGGCAGAUCUUCGAAUUUUAAAACAAGUGGAAAGUCUUGUUGAACUCAACUGAAAUGGCUCGGCUGGAUCAACUUGACACAGAAGUAGAACCUUUCAAGUUAUGUAAUAUAGUCUUUCGACUAUAAAUAACGUUUCGGGGAAAAUAAUUAAAAAGAAAAGAAAGAGCAACAGAGCUUUUUACUUUGGGCUGAAACAUGUUAUUUGCAUCACAACAUGGCCCUUGUAGUAAAAUCUGGCUCUAAAGUUGAUCCUUAAGUUGAUUCAAAUAUUACAAUCCUAUAAAAUGAGGACUUUGUGGAUUGCGGGGAGCCUCUGCAGAAGGGAAGUUGUACAUGUAUAUAUACAUAAAUACACACAUACAUUCAUUAUACUUCCUAAAAAGGGCUUUUCAACCCAAACAGGUGGCUCUCACGGAAAAAAUUUGUUAAACAAAUUUUACGCAGUCCUUUUUGAUCAAAAUUUAGAUUGUUGACCGUCCACUCGUGGAGUUUCUCGGAGUAUUUAAUUUUCAAAAAUACUGCCGUCAGGUUUUAAGUUUCUAAAAGCGCGAGAACAAAGGUGGCAAACACCACCUUGCUUUGCAAAUGUGACACGAGUCUCGAAACAGACCGUUUUUAAACUAUCUGCUAUCAAAGCAACUUUAAUUUGGUCGGUUUCACUGUGAGCUAAGAACAGGUUUUCAAAACCUUGCAAGAGCAAAUCUGCCAGUUAUUUCAUGCAAUAAUGAGCACGAGAUUUUGACGAACUCAGGCAAAAUAAAUGAAUGUCCAUCGUCCGCGUCAGUAUGGCGAAACAAGAUCGAAAAUUAUUUUAAAACAGUGACGUCAGCACAUUUUAAUGAUCACAAAAAGAUUUUAACGCUUUUUUGCUUUGAAGGAAAUAAAAGUGUUUGAUUGUAUUUUUCGAAUACAGGAAAGUAAGUAGCUUAAUGUAGAUUCUGUCUGAUGGAAAACCACGGACGUGUUCCCUACAAAGGAUGUAUUUGUGAAAAGGAAUUCAUCAUUAAUUGAUGCAGACAUCUUGUUUUGACUGACAUGAAAAUUUUUCCUCAGGCUCGAUAUUCAACACCUAGCUUUGAGUCCUCACUUUCGCUUAGUGCAGUAAAUUUAAAAGGAAAAUUAUUCUUACAGUUUAUCGUACCAUCAACACCAAUCUGGAUAAUAAAGUUGUCCAUCGAAAACGGAAAUUUUCGAAAACACGCUCUUAAAGAAGAUGACGUGAAAAUGCAGACUUUACCCCAUGGCUUGAACGAAAAAUUCCAGAAAAACGAAUUUGACAAAAAACCGUUAGUACAGCAUGCGGCGUCGUAUAUCCUAUCGCUUUUCAAGUUUUGUUGUCAAUUACUACUUGCACAUCAAAUUCUUAAAAGCAGUCGCAUGAUUCCUUUCAUCGUAUUUCUAUUUCACUCGACCAAAAUGUAACAUUUUAGGAUUUAUUGUUCCUGUUAUACUCAAUUACGCCUUCAUAAUACUCAUGCUCGAGGAUAAAUUUCAGUCAGUUCGCCGGCCUAGCUAUUGUUAAUGCACACCAUGGAUGUAAAACUUUUGUUAUAUUUUUAGAGAUAAAAUCUAGGAUCUAAAUAGUAUGAAAAGGGUUGGUAAAAAAGUUCUUAAUAUACAGAAUGAAUUAUACGUCAGCGAGGUUAAUCAUCUCUCGCUUUGCUUUCAUAAUACUCAGUAUGGUCGAAAUCUGCAGUCACGCUACAUAACAAUUAACACCAUCAUUUCGUGAUAGAUACGAAUUACUCUCCGGGUUGAUUGUAGACUUCAGCGUCGAUUUAUCGAUCGAUCAUAAUAAGUGAUCGCAUCAAAAAGAAGUUAGAAAUGCCUCUAUCAUUCAGAACAAUAUUUAAAAUCACUCGACUGGUGUUAUACGCAAGGCAGAAAACCAAAAUUCAAAUUAGAGCAAUGAUUCAGGAGUAACACUGCUCUAAAGUUCCAGUUUAAGUAAAAGUUCCUAGUACCACAAAGCAACUUUCUAACUCAGUAGAUUCUUUCUCUAGGCAAUUGCCGCAAUUUAAAGUUUACCAGUUUUCCUAAAGUUGGCUUCCGGUUGGAGAAUCACACGGUUCGAACAAUUGACGUCGUUAACGAGGAUCUCUGCAUGUUUCAAUGCUAUCUGGAACCUGACUGCGUCAGUUAUAACUUCUGUGAGAUAAAACUGUCGUCUGGAAAACACAAGUGUGAUCUGAAUAACGCGACUAUUGAUCACGAUCAAGACCUGGUGGAAAACGAAACUUGUGUUUACCGCGGAGCAGAGGUGAGGAUGAACUCUAUGGGCUGAAAGUAAUAUUGAUUGUCCGAGAAAGCUUUAAUACCGGACCAAGGGAUACCCUAGCCUCCCUAACCCGUUAAUUUUACCCGCUUGCAACGGAACAAAUGAACACAUGCAAGGAAACUAUCAUGCGUGCAAAAAUAUCAUAUCAAAUUUAUCUCUUCCUUUCCUUCGUUAGAAUGCUUGUAGGCAAAAUCCUUGCAAGAAUAACGCAAAAUGCCAAGCUGGGUUUACAGACAGGGACUAUCAGUGUUUGUGUGUUAAUGGAUCUGGAUUUAAAGGCCAUGAUUGUGAUGAGGGUAAGGAAUCUUAUAUUUUUAUUAAGGCAGAAACGUAAUGUAUAAGUGAUAAGCUCUGCACGCCUCUCCCUCACAUUGAAGUUCUUUUAGGUGAUUGGGAAGACUUAUUUGAAAGGGAUGAGUACCGAACAAUCGCGAACACCUCAGUAGUUUGAUAGUCACAGAAAAUCGCUGGUGAAAGCCUUUGCCUUUCAUGGCUUGCGAGAAUAAUAAUCCAGAAUGGCACAAGUUAUUCAAAAUACAAAAGAGGACUUACAUACGAACAACUCUGUUGCUUCUCAUGGUUCAUCUUGGAAAGGGAUUUUUCAAUCAUUUUUGUUUUUUAACUCAUUCAGUCUCAAUUUUCUUUAGCGCGGUUUCUUACCCACCAUCUACGCGAACAGUCUGUAAUCUCUCGGUUUCCUUUCUUAUGAAGCGAAUGGCAAUAAAACUGAGUACAAAGUUUACGCAAAGAUCAGACGUGAUCCCAUGUCUAGAUAAAGACAUAAAACAAUGAAAAUCUUUAAGCAGACAAACUCAGAUAAAGUCCAUCGUCUUCUUUUCCUCUUAUAGACAUAGACGAGUGCUUUUCCAGUAAACAUAGCUGUGAGGGUAAUACCACGUGCAAUAACACCUUUGGAUCGUACUCAUGCAAGUGCAAGAAAGGAUAUCAGGGAAAUAACAAAAACUGUACAGGUAAGUAUUCUUAUCUGACAACAGGAAACGUUCACGUGAAUACGAAAAUUCGUGCAGCCAGAGCAAGUCAAAAUAACCUUCACAUUCUAAUGAUAUUCAUUUUGUUGUCUCAGACAUAGAUGAGUGUUUGAACGGAACACACGGUUGUGAUGUGAAUGCUGAGUGUAACAAUACCCUGGGAUCUUACAAGUGCACGUGUAAAGAUGGAUUUCAAGGAAAUGGAACCAAAUGCACAGGUAACUAGUUCUGACAUAUUCAUACUCCGUUUGUUACCCUCAGUUUUUCAGAUUAGUUAGAAAAACGGUCUCAUUUACAUUAUUUUCCUUUUUGUGUUCUAGAUCUAGAUGAGUGUAUGAUCGGAACACAAAACUGUAAUGUAAAUACUAAGUGUAACAAUACCCUAAGAUCUCACAAUUGCACGUUUAAAGAUGGAAUUCAAGGAAAUGGAACCAACUGCACACGUAACCAACAUACCAUACUCUCUAUUUUCUCGAUGGUACCUGUCAUGUGACAAAAAGGAAUGACCAGAAAACAAAACUGUUUUUUGUUGAUUUAGAUACCAACGAAUGCACUGAAGGAAAACACGACUGUGAUGUAAAUGCUGAGUGUAACAAUACCUUGGGAUCUUACAAAUGCACUUGUAAGGAUGGAUAUGAGGGAAAUGGAACCAAAUGCACAGGUCAGUAACAAGCCAAGGUACCAAACAAUGUUUUCACAAUGAAAAAAAAAGUUAACUGUUAACUGUGAACAGACGCCGGCACGAGACUAGCAAAAUUGCAGGGUGCUCUGCAAGUGAACAUUAUUCCAAAACUUUUGUCGUAUUGAUAGUGUUGUUUGUUUCCUCCUUUAUUUAGAGAAAUUAUGGUCUGUUAUCAUUUGCGAGGGAGGAAAUAGGACCAUAAGUUGUGAUAAUGACCAAAGAACUAUCGACGUUGUGGAUGCAAAUUAUGGUAGACUGGACUCAAACACUUGCUAUCAUUCCGCAGUUAGCGAUACAAACUGCAAAGCUGCGAACUCUCUUUUCAUUGUGCGGUUGAAGUGCAACGAAGAAGCUAGUUGCGAGCUGCAUGCAGAUUUUUCAGUUUUUGGAGAUCCAUGCCCAGGCACAUAUAAAUACUUGGAAGUCAAGUACAAGUGUGUGAAUUUAGGUUAGUACCUAUAGGUAUUGUUGCAUGCUGUGAACUGGGGGGAGAAAUGGCCUUUUGCUACCAUUUAGGACGCAUUUAUUUUAGAUUUGCAUCAGGUGCUAGAUCACCCGUCCAUUUUCAGUCGGAGGCGUAUUAAAAAAAGAUACGCAAAGAAGCAAUCGUUAAUAUAGUUAGUACUCAAAUAUCAAAUCUUUUUUCGAAUUAAUACCUUUACACUUUUAUCAAAGACAUGGUGGAUAAGUAUUCAUUUGUUUCCGGGGUUUCAGUUUCAUUUUGUCUUGAGUGGCGCCCGCAAAAGCAAAGGAAAACCCGACAAGGUGGUCUAGGAUAGAUUUUAUGCACUAGGGAAAAAGUUCUGAACUGCCGUCUGGUCGGUGAACCCUGGGUGGAUCAUGUGUACACCAAAGGAGUGCAAACUGACAAUUUUCAAGCCGUAUGCAGAAAAAUUCAAUAUUAGCAUGCCAGACCAUUUUCCUGAAUAAAUAGUGAGAUAAAAAAGGUUCAAUUCAAUAAUUCUGGAUCGCACCUUCGUGUACGUUGCUGAUGAGCACUGCCGGCUGAACUAGAAGCAAAUGAAAAUUUAGAGGUAAUCUCUGUCUUGACUCCUGGGUAAUCAUUCAGUAGCACAACGAGAUAGACUUAUUGUAUACAUUGAAGAGAGAAUGUCCACUAAGACCGAGCGAAAAUGGAAAUUCGUGAUACAUCUCGAAAAAUCAAAAUUCUUCAUAUUUUCUCUGAAGAUACCCUAUAGUGGCUUAAGAAACGUGAUAGGAUUUUUUCUAGAAACAUCUUUUUAAACUUUCAUGAAAUGAAAAAGCCGUCACGAGCCAAAGUGUCCUGAAAGGCAUCCGAAAAAUAGGUGAUUGGUACCUUCACAUAGAAUUCGCCCUUUUGAAUUGGCAUCAUAGAAAGAACCGUUUCCUGCUUUCAACAUUGCUGUUGAAGUCUUUCCAAGUAACUUGACUUCAAUCUUACGCCAGUGAAUAAAAUUUAGAGGUCAUGGUAAGCCGAUGAAAUUAACUAAAAUUCACCUUCGAAUAAUUUGUAAUUUAGCGUGUUUUUUUAAGGGACAUUUUUUGUACCCGGUAAAACAUCGGAUAAAUUGAAAUUGACAUUCUUUAAGAGAAUAAAUGCUGGUCUAAAAUGGGGUGUAAAAGUUAGUUUCGGGCUUUUUACCAGCGCCGAGUAGGAAGCCUCUCAAAAUAGCGGUUAUCACAACAAAAGCAUGUCAAUCGGAAGUCAACAAAUAGCACAUUCUCCAAACCCGAAAGCAAAGGAUUGUAAAAUUUUUACAUUAUAAUUAAUCUGCUUAGUCGUCAGUAAUCCACAGCGCUGAAGAACUUCAUUUUUAGAUCCUCUGAAUAAGAUAUUGACUAAAUAUCUAUUUCCGUGAGUAUUUUAUCGUUAGACCUUUCAAAAUUAGUGUCGCCCUGAUCCGGAUCAACUUACACGGUUUUUUUCAAUUUUCCCAGCUUAUUUUUUCAUGAUCUUUUAGAAGCAAAACAAAAUACUAAGAAGCUACACGAAUAGACGAAACCUAAAUUCCCAUCAUGUAGAUAUAAUACAGCAGUCAGCUAGUAAGUCUAUUGGAACUUUUUCAUGCUUUGAGCAUGAAAAACUGAGACAGCGACACACGUUUUCCCAAAGGUGAACAUUGCGACCUCUUAUACUCGUGUAUUUUUUUUCUUCUUUUUCAAAGAAGCAACGUUGAAUAAUCGAUCUAAUCUAUACAAAAGUGUAGAGAAAAAAGUGUGAUUAUGCGACUGUUAGACCCUGAGGUUUUCACUGCAUGAGGAACGAGAAGCAGCUAAAAAAGUAAACAGAACAUUAAAUUACUAAUUAUGUGUUGUGGGCCAUUAGCUGAACUAUUUUACAGGACUUUCAAGGAAACGAACAAAUUGACGACAUCUAGGAAAAACAAUAGCGACCAUUUCAUUACAUCGACAACUUAGUUCUUAGAUUGGGGUGGGAAGGGGAGAAACCUUGGGAACGAGGUUGCGACAUCAGUAAAUGAAUUCCAAAAUUAGCGAAACGGAUAUCCCACCUUAAAAGGCUUCAGAGACAGCUAUUAGAACAAAAUCGGAAUCGAGUGAGAAUAGGGUUACCACCAUUUUAUCCAUCUUAGGGGCACAUUUAAUUGACACACUUCAUUAUAAUCAGUCGUCGUCGUUAACAAUCCUAGAGCGUAUACAGGACGGCGACAAAGAUUUUCUCCCCAUGCUCCCGACGAACUUUACGGCAUGACUAAAUGAAAGUUCUGUUGGAACAUUUCAAUAACAUUGGCUUAGCCACUUAUUCCUCAACGCUGAUAUGCGCAUUCUUCGCAAAGCGACUGCAGUUUUUUCGAUGAAGGCUUCUUGCGACUAACUGUAAAAAAGGAUUAAUUUUCAAGUCUACAAAUAUUUUGUUGAAGGCAAACGUUCAUUGUUACCAGUUGUUGACAGUUAAUUGACGUGAUUUUCCCAAUUUUUAAAGCCACGGUGCUCAGUACUCAAUUUCAUCACUUAAUCCAACAACUGGUUGAAAAAAUGAUUAAAACGAGGUUUCUGUAUAUUGCGGGCUUUCAAAGUUUUAUGUGAGAAAAUGCUUGAUAACAUCAAUGAAGAGAUCUGAUGCUCUUAAUCUGUUAAAAUGGAAGAUUAUACACCAAGCUCCUCGCAACAACGUUCACUCACAAACAUGUAAACAGCAUUAAGGAGAUAUUUUCUCAUUACGAAAAUACACCUGAUGUGGGCAGAAGCCAAAAUGUACUCAGAUUAUGUAAAAUGGAAAAUAUCUACCGAUGGCGUGUGAGCAAUUUCAGGUAUAUUAAGGUGUUGCGACUCUCUUUUUUUAUUUGGUAAUUUUAGAUUUCCUUUUGCUUUAAAAUAGAUUUACGUUGCCAAGGAACGCUUGGUAUGGAAAGUGGUGCAAUCACCGAUGAGCAGAUAACUUUCUCGUCCCAAAAACACAUGGAUAAAGAGAAAAUUGUAAGAUUACAUCACACAGGGAAGACUUGGAUAGCUGAUAAAAAGGAUAUUAAUCAGUGGCUUCAGCUCGAUCUCAGAGCUCAAAACACUGAAGUAACACGAGUGGCAACACAGGGAUCCCAUCAACAUAACAAAUGGGUGAAGAAGUACAAGCUACAAUACAGCAACUAUGGAUUGAGAUUUCAAAACUACACGGAACAACGACAAACCAUAUCAAAGGUAAAGGUAAAACUGAUCAGAGGCCUGGAAGGGUUCUAAAACAUGAACAGCUCAUUGUACACAAAGCCAAGUUCAUUCCUUAACUUAAACUUCCCAAUGCGUUCUUUGAGUAGUUUGCUAGUACAAACAAUCCUCUUCGUUACUCGAUUACGAUGCACGGGUCGGCACGAGUCGGCACGAGUCGGCAGUUGUUCAAGAAAAUUGUUACGAUGUAUGACAAUUUCAUACAUCAAUCAUUUUCUUUGCCGGAGUAAAAAUCUCAUCUAUCCAGUUUUUGAUUAACCUCAGAUAGAAAUUUGUAGAAAAAGUUCGACUUAAUUUUACCGUACGGUGGCAUGGGAUGAAUUUCAUGAAUCAAAUCGCUCGUGAAAUAUUUCACGGUUUACCCAGCGAAAAACAUUGGAUAAUAUAAUUACAUAAAUUUUAUUAAACAAGUUCUUAAGUAUACAAGGCGGACAUGUACCGUGCAUUUUAUAUCAAAACACACAAGAUAUAUUUCACAUCUAUUAUGAUGCAGGAAUUUGACGGAAACACAGACCAGAACAGUGUUGUUUAUCACGACCUGAACCCAUCAAUCAUAGCAAGGUACAUACGUUUUCUACCAGUGAAGUGGGAAGGUGAGAUAUCAAUGAGAGUGGAACUGUAUGGAUGCGUGAAAGGUAAGGAAAUGGCUUUCCUCUAUAGCUGAUAAUCAUUGUAUGCAUUACAGUUGAUUUGAUUGAUUAAAGGCUCUUCAUUUCGUUGAAAGUUUCUGAAAUUAUGUUAACGACAUUUUUUAGCUCAAUGUAAACUGCGCUUGAUUAAGAGCGCUUGUCUGUAAAAAUCAAACAUAUCGCGGCAAGGGUGGAAAAUUCGAUUUCUUUAUUAUUUUAAUGUUAGAUAGGCUAGACUAUAACUAAAAUCACUGGAUACUUUUUUUGGCAAAAUAUCUUUUUAUUUCAGAGAAAAAUACAAGUAACGAAAUUCCGUUAAAACCAUCAUUUUUAGCAGCUUUUCGUAAUUCUAUCGCCCAAAGCUUAAUCCAUUUGAAGGUUUAGCACAUGCUGAAAAUUAACUUUACUCACAAAGUACUUUAACUGAAGAGAAAUGUAUGCUUUCGAAAUUAAAUUAUUUUACACGCAAAGAGGAACGCAGUGUUUACAAAAAUCGUUUUGUGAGGUCUUGUGAGGUUGAAAAAGAAGAUUUGAGCGUUAAGAAGACGAGAUUGUGAUUCGUUUUUGAAUGCGAAGCCCUCAAACUUGUGCAAUAAUUUGCUGCUAAAAAUGACGAUUUUAACGGAAUUUUGUUAUUUGUAUUUUUCUCUGAAAUAAAAAGAUAUUUUUCCAAAAAAAGUAUCCAGUGAUUUUAGUUAUAGUCUAGCCUAUCUAAUAUUAAAAUAAGAAAGAAAUCGAAUUUUUCACCCUUGCCGCGAAAUUUAGAAUUUGUCUGAUUUUUACAGACAAGCGCUCUUAAUUGUUUCAUGAUCUCAUAGCUUGCCUUUAUUUCGCUGCCGUAGAUAACUUAUAUUUGUAAAACGUCCGCUAACCUUUCGUAAACAGAAUGUGGAAGAUUUCUUGGCAUCCAAAGCGAUGAAAUCUCUGACGGACAGUUAAGCGCCUCUUCAGAGAGAGACUCUAAACACUCCGCCACUCAGAGCAGACUUCUAGUUGUAAAUCCUGACAGAGAGGGAUCUUGGGCAGCUGAAAAUAAUGAUACAGAUCAGUGGCUCCAAGUUGAUCUGGUUACUCUGCACACUCAAGUGACACGUGUAGCAACACAAGGAAGUAAUGGACACCAGAGGGAGUGGGUUACAAAAUACAAUCUACAGUACGGCAACGAUACAGAAAGGUUCUACAAUUAUACAGUCCCAGGACAAAACACAACGAAGGUAAAAUUGAUUUCUUGUGUAUUGAUUCCCGUUUAAACAGGGAAAGAAGUAUUUUGGAUCAUCAUUAGUAGGGGCUUUGCAAAUUGAGGCCUCCGAGAGGCACAAUUAGAGGAAUGGUGUAUGAAUCAGUUGUGGGACCGUUUUGACAUCGUAAUAACUGGUAUUCAUUAAAUUAAUUCUUAUCAAAGAUUUAAUGGAAAACCUCUUAUGUUGCUAAUUCAAAGGUUUUUGCUGGAAACAUUGAUCAGAGUACCGUGGUUUAUCACGACCUUAACCCACCAAUCACAGCGCGUUACAUUCGUUUUAAACCAGUAGAGUGGCAGGACUGGAUAUCAAUGAGGGUAGAACUGUAUGGCUGUGUACAAGGUAAGGCCUGAAUAACAGUUACGAUUGAGCGGUACCUCUCGUAACGAGUAAUUCAUGCCAGAUAAUACUUCAUUUCCUGUUCAAAAGCGAGCGCUUGGAUAUUGUCUGCUGUGUGUCAUCUCAAUCAAAAUCGUGCUGCUACAAGUUGACGCGAGUUUUCUGGACCAAUAACAGGGCGAAGUAAGGCAAAACCAAUUCAAUCCCGGAAAACUUGCUAUAAUGAUAUGAAAAUUGCUCUGCAUAGCAUUUUUCAGUCGACUUAUCAGCUUUGGUCACAUGGAGUUCCUUUCUUCUUCACUCUCCUAUUUUCGCUGUCACUUGUGAUCACCAAACCACAAACUGGAAUAAUUUGACGAGAAAAACUACUCUUAUUAUGAGAACGGGAAGGAAACAUUUUCUUCUCUUAAGAUUUUUAGACUCCCCAACAACAAAACCUGGUGAUGACUCAACCGCACAGUUUAUGAAAGUAUCAUGCCGCUACUCAAAAAAAACAUUUUGAUUCAGGUCGGCAAUCAAUAUCUUAUUGCUGAAUGUAAUCCUUAAAUGCAUUGAAGUAAGUCAAUGCCCGAAUAUCAAGGAUUUCUACCUUCUAAAAGUACAAUCGUGAAGCGUCGGAAAAUGCAAGUUAUUCGAACACUCUAAGUGACUGAUGUUUUUUAUUUCAUUUUUUUUUCGGUGAUUCAAUAAUUUAUGUAGCUGUAGGAACAUUUUCUCAGUAAUGGCACCAUUGGAAAUGGUAACGAAAAUUUUGACAAUCUCUUACUAACAACAUUUCUUUUAUUGUGCAUUUUUAUGCAGGAUUUACAGCUGUGUUUACAAAUCUUGGAAAGACUGGAUCAGAGGGUCCAAAGUCGAUUGGUAGUCAUUACAAAGAUCAAGACCAUGACGGACAAGUUACAGUGUCCAGUGGUAUUCAACUGUGGACUGUGCCACGCACUGGUAAAUACAGAAUAGAAGCAAUAGGAGCCUCAGGGGGGUACAGUGAGGACAGUUUUAUCAAAACCGGAGGAAGAGGGGCACGAAUGAUUGGAAACUUUAAUUUGACCAAAGGUGAGAUCAUUCAUGUGCUUGUUGGUCAAAAAGGGGAAAAAGGGAAUGGAAACCCAAAAACUGCCGGAGGUGGAGGAGGUACAUUUGUAGUGAGAGAAAACAACAAGUCUUUGAUUAUAGCUGGAGGUGGAGGAGGAAUUAAAAAUGUAUUGGAACAACAUCCUGGAUGUGAUGCGUCCAUAAACACAACAGGGAAUGGAGGGUAUAACUUUCCAUUGGGUUCAGGAGGAAGCAACGGAAAUGGAGGAAACGCUAGUACAAUGUAUUCAGGUACGCGGAGAAAGAAGAAAAAAACAAAACAAUCAGUAGGUUCAAUCCAUCAGGACAAGAGGACGACAGUAAGAUUUAUCAGAACUUAAUUUUUGAAAUUACUAAUUCUAACUUUGAAGUUUUUCUUUUCUCGAAGGCAUAUCAGUUUUUUAAAAAAUCCUACGCAUCACUUCAUGUACAUUUCUUUUGUCUUGAUAGGCUGUUCUAUUUCUAGCAAUUGACAACCAAAUAAUAUUUUUGAAUAAACUUCUAAAAUUGAGAAGUGCAGUAAGUUGAUAAUAUUGCGAAUCGUCGUUUAAACGCUCUUAAGUAAGUAGUCAAAUAGAAGCCAUUUAUGAGACAACUGCUUCUCAGUUUUUUUUUAUUGUAGGUGGUGGUGGCGGCGGCUUCUACAGUAAUGGACAAAGUGCUUGGAACUCUUCUGGUCAAGGAGGUCAAGGAGGUCAAGGAGGUAAAGGAUAUCUUCAGGGAGGAGAGGGUGGAAGUGGAAGGGGUGGGUUUGGAGGUGGCGGUGGUUUACGUGGAGGUGGAGGUGGUUUACGAGGAGGUAACGGCGGAGCUGGAGGCGGUGGAGGUUACUCUGGAGGGAAUGGUGGAGCUAAUGAACAGUUUUCUUGUGGAGGAGGGGGUGGAUCUUUUAACAGUGGGACGAAUCAGCAGAAUGAAUGUUGUUUUAAUAGGUAUGGACAUGGUAGAGUGAUCAUCACGUUUCUUCAGUGA